AUGCAGAUCUCUCUUGCUGCUAUCCUCGGGCUCAUCGCCGCUGCCGCUCUUGCCGCGCCGGCUCCUGAGGCCCACGCCGAAGCCGAAGCCAACGUGCUUGAAGCUCGUGCAACACCCUCCCUCCGCUUCUACAAUAAGCUCAACUUCAAACAGCCACUAUGCAAUUUUGAAUUCACCGACACCGCUAACCUGGACGGCAGCUGCAUCCGCACUUCGAACUGCGCCAGAAACACCGCAAACUCGGUCAGACUCCGGGAUGGAGUGAUCAGCUGCUCUUUCUUCCGGCAAUCCGACUGUGAGGGGGUUUCGGACAACCUUAGUAAAGACGGCAACCUUCGCAUCUUGCUGCGCGACAAUGUCGGCAGCUUCAGGUGCAAUCUUUGA